UUUUGUAAUAAGACUAUGAAGUAGUAUAUUAUUUUGUAAAGCGUAACUGUUUCUGUUUUAGACGAACCCAAGCGUACGUUUUAACAAAAUUAUCCAUCGGCCUUAUCGGCAUAAUUAAUGAAAGAAUUGUUUGUUUGGUACAGAUUGGUCUUCCUGGUUUAAUGGCCAGUGUUCUGUGACAUGCGGGAACGGAACUCUUACAAGAAUGCGUCACUGCUCCUCGGGUCACACCGAAGACUGUGCGGGAACCAGUAGCGAAGUAAUAGGCUGCCAAAAACCUCCAUGUGGAGCCUGGUCUGCGUGGUUCAAUGGCCAGUGUUCUGUGACAUGUGGGAACGGAACCCUUACACGCAUGCGCCACUGCUCCACGGGUCACUCUGAGGAUUGUGUGGGAAACAGCAGAGAAGUGAUUGACUGUAAGAAAACUCCAUGCAAAGUGGACGGUGUCUGGUCUUCGUGGUCACUAUGGGCACAGUGUGACGUCACAUGUGAAGAUGGUCACAUAUAUCGAACGAGGAUGUGUAGCAAUCCACCUCCCGCGUUUGGAGGUCUGAACUGCUCUGGAGCGAGUCAAGAAGCCAACACAUGCAGGCUUGCAAGAUGCCCAGAUUGGUCACCCUGGUUCAACGGCAAGUGUUCAGUGACAUGUGGAAACGGAACUGAAACCCGUGUACGUAACUGCUCCACGGGUUACAAAGAGGAUUGUGCAGGAAAAGCAGCGAAGUGGUGGGCUGUCAAAUGGCACCAUGUGAAGUCAAUGGUACCUGGUCGUCGUGGUCAACAUGGUCGCAAUGUGACGUCACAUGUGAAGACGGUCACAUACAACGAACAAGGACGUGUACCAAUCCAGCUCCCGCCUUCGGGGGCCUGAACUGUUCUGGAGAGAGUCUGGAAACAAGCGCGUGCAAGCUUGCAAAAUGUCCAAGUUGGAGCGAAUGGUUCCUCGGCGAUUGCUCGGUGACGUGUGGUGAUGGCACCCUGUCACGUAUGAGGAUUUGUUCUUCCGGGCACGACGAGGACUGUCCGGGGUCUGCCCUCGACACCAUGCCUUGCUCGCAGGGGCCCUGUUGACUAUAUGGGGCUCACCGAAAACAAAUAUGAAGACUGAAUGCAACUACAUGGUCAGAUUUGAAAUGUAUUACUUGCACAAAAUACAAAUAAAAUCAUAAUUAUUGCA